AGCCAAUCAUAUGAGAAAACGAAUGUCAAAAAAAAGAAUAAUCCGGAAAUAAAUGUUAUACCAGUAAUCUACAUCAGAUCAACGAAACAGCGAGGGAUCAGAUGGUAUUGUUAACACUUUGUAAUGGCUGUUCAUUAUUUCAUGGUAAACCAGUCAGCUGUUUUAGAAUUCACCGAUUUAUUUAAUGGUUAUUAACUUAAAUGAAUUCCACUUGUUUCCUGCAUUCAACAAUGAUUUAAAAACCGCAAACUUCUACCUAACGCUCUGACCUGUCUGUUGCUAAGGAGAUGCCGGGCUCGACGUGAGCCGGCGCGUCGACGCACGUGGGCUCGACAGCUGUGGCUACUGCGAUUGGGCGCUGCUGCUGUCCAUCAAUGGCCGUCCGACGUAUCCGCCUUCCCCACGUCAGAUGCGAUUGGGCGAAGAGCCUGCCCAUCAAAACCUCCCCAUUCUCACCCCCCCUUGUGCGAGCGUCGAUUGGUCGGUGCGCCUGCCCAUCAAAACUACCCGCUCCCCCACCUCCUGGCUGAGAACUGCAACCUGCUGCAUCAGUGUGUCUGGAGUGGAGAGACACAGAGUGGACGGGUAACCACAGUAGCUGAAUUCUGCUGGAUGCAGAUCCUUCGACGAGUUGGGUGAGUUACAUAUGAAUUGCAGGCUGUGGGCACAGGCCAUGAAGGCUCCAUCUCUCAGGACAGACCUGCAGUGUCUCUUCUGCUGUGCCUGAAGAGAAAGGGUCUCAGGGUUCGAAACGGUAACACUCUUCGCAGAUGCUGCCAGGACCUGCCCGAAUUUCUUCUGAGGGUUACCUCUCUUUCUUUUUGCUUCAGAUCUCCCAACAUCCGCAGUUCUUUGUUUUAUUGCACUGCAGUGUGAUUUAAUCAUGACUCCAAAGGUGAAGUCGCCAUAGUGUUACCAGACGAAAGGGCUGAGGACUUAACGGUGGUCCAACCUGAGGGUCUCCGCACCGCGGGCGAUGCGGCAACUUGAGGAGUGUCCUUCAUGGUAACCUCAACCACUCUGGGAAUUCAACCCACGAUGUUGGCACCAAUGCACGAAACAAUAAAAUGCUGGACUCUGUUAAUGUUAUCCCUCCACCUCUCCCCUUAGGUGGUGUGUGACGUUGCUACUUUCAGUUCUUAUUUCAACAUUGGCAGUACUUUUGCAUUCGGAAUUUUUAUGGCAUGGCUCACGUUAAGCAAUAAAACACACAUCGUUUGCCGUUUGCUGUUUGCAGGAAGCUUUUGUGGUUGGUGGCCACUUGGAAAUCUCAAGACAAUGGAGAUUAACUGACUUCGUAAGGUAUUGUCACUGCCACAAUGCUGACAAAGCCAAUGGAGUAUUGAUCAGGAUUAUCUACAUUGAAGGAAAUGUUGGGAGUGGGUGGCACCACAGAUCGUAUUCGUCAUGUUGGGAACUCCAGAGGAAUCUAUCUUUCAGCGUCCGUACUGAGCAACCACUUUGGUGGGAAAUGGACAUCCAGGGAUCUUUGCAGUGGAAAUUCUGUCAAAACUCUGCCAGGUUCACCUAAUCAGAGGUGGCCAUACACACUCCAGCACAGCAGAACCUACAGGGCCCAACCUCAGCCCUAUCAGCUCACACUGCCACAAAUUAACAGUAUCCUGAAAACCAACGAGUACAGCUUCAAGGUGCCAGAGUUUGAUGGCAGGAACAUCAGUUCAGUGCUGGGCUUCGACAGUAAUCAGCUAGCUUCCAAUGUCCCCAUGGAGGACCGGCGCAGUGCGGCCAGCUGCCUGCAGAGCCGGGGGAUGCUGCUGGGGGUGUUCGAUGGGCACGCUGGCUGUGCCUGUGCUCAGGCUGUCAGUGAAAGGUUGUUGUAUUACAUUGCUGUGUCAUUGCUGCCUCGCAAGACCUUAAUUGAGAUAGAAGACGCAGUUGAAAAUGAGCGACCGGUAUUGCCUGUUUUGCACUGGCACAAGCAUCCCAAUGAUUAUGUGAGCAGGGAGGCAGGAAGGCUUUACUUCACCAGUUUAAGGACUUAUUGGCAAGAACAUAUUGACCUAGUGGAUGAAGAAAAUCUGGAUACCAGUGCUGCUUUGAAACGUGCCUUCAAACGUCUAGACAGUGAUAUCUCCCUGGAAGCUCAGAUCGGAGCUGGCAAUCCGUUCACCAAUUACACUGCACUUCGGGUAGCUCUGUCUGGCUCCACAGCUUGUGUCACACACAUCGACGGCACUGACGUGCACGUGGCAAAUGCUGGCGAUAGCCGAGCAGUGCUGGGAGUCCAAAAUCCUGACGGCUCCUGGUCGGCCCUGACACUGAGCGCUGAUCACAAUGCCCAGAACCCUGAGGAGAUUCUGAGGGUCCGGUCAGAGCAUCCCCCAUCAGAGGAGAAGACAGUCGUGAGGCACGACAGGCUGCUGGGCCUCCUGAUGCCUUUCAGGGGGUUCGGAGACGUGAAGUUCAAGUGGAGCUUGGAGCUCCAGAAGCGAGUGUUGGAAAGCCGACCAGAGUUGCUGAUAAGUGACGAGUUCUCCAGAAGCUACCCAGCCAACUACUACACUCCGCCUUACCUCACUGCCGAACCCGAAGUCACUCAUCACAGGCUGCGGCCCCAGGACAAGUUCCUGAUUCUGGCUACUGAUGGCCUGUGGGAUGUCAUGCACAGGCAAAACGUGGUGCAGAUUGUAGGGGAGCACCUCGCCAGUCUGCACUUCCAGCAGCCCAUCUCUGCAGCAGGCUACAAGGUAACAGUGGGACAGAUGCACAGCCUGCUGCAGGAGAGGAAGGCACGCGUGUCCUCCGCUUUCAAAGACCAGAAUGUUGCCACCCACUUGAUCCGCCAUGCACUGGGCAGCAAUGAGUUUGGCAACAUUGAACACAGCCGCCUGUCGAAAAUGCUCAGCUUACCUGAGGAGAUGGCCAGAAUGUACAGGGAUGAUAUAACAGUGGUGGUGGUACAGUUGAAUUCUCACCUCAUUGGGGCGUACAACAGAGCUGAAGCCAGCGUCGACUGAGAGCACAUUCUGCCUGCUACUGUAUUGGAAACUGGAGACUGGUGCUCCAGGGCAACAAAAAUAUUUUCAGUGAUGAUGAUGUAAUGCAAGGAAAGGAAAUGACAUGUUAAAGUUUCACUCUUCACCUCCCUCCUGUCUCCAUCCAACUUCGCCAUUUACCCUGAGCAAAACGUGUUUUAAGUGGCUUAAAGCCCCGGCAUCUUUAAAAUUUUGUUACACACGCCAACCGUUCAACCACCCGCAUCCCUCCAAUUCUGGCCUAUUCUGUUUCCACAGUUUUAACUGCUCUGCCACUGAUGAACCUGGCCUCAGCUACCUGUGCCUGGCUUUCUGGAAUUCCCACCCUAAACCUGUCCAGCUGGUUAGUUCUGUCUUAUCCUUUUGAGACUCCCCUUGAAACCAACACUUUGUCAAACCUUUCUGUCCAUGUUCUAUGAUAUAAGGUCAAAUUUUGUUAGCAAAUUUUCCUGUGAAACACUUUGAAACACUUUUGAGAUGUUUAAGGUACUGUAUAAUUGCAGUUGGUUUUUUUUUGCUUAAUUGGAAAUUAAAUUUCUGGUAUAGCUCCUUUGAUGUGUAGGAAUCCCAAGUUGGUCAUUCUUUUAUUUAGUAAAAUUAAAAUAGUUUUUGUUUGAUUCAUGGGAUGUGGACAUCACUGACAGUGUCAGGAUUUAUUGCCCAUCCAAUUGCCAUAUUUAGUCUGUUCACUUGUGAGACAGAAUGUUGAUUCGUAUUUUCAUUUGAGGGAGUUUAAUAGAAAAACUGUGCAGAAACUGUUCCCAAUAGUUGAUGGACCAGUGACCAGAAGGCUUCAAAUUAAAGUUUUUUAAAAAAAGACUGGCAGUGAAGAUGAAGAAGAGUUUUAUGAUCUGAAAUGCACCUCCUGAAAGAACAGUGAAAGUAGAUUCAAGAGCAAGUUUCAAAAGGGAAGUGGACACAUCCUUAAAAGGAAACAUUUGUUGAGCUGUGGGUAGUGGGACUAUUUCUCUUUCAGAAAGCCAGUUACAGACAUUGUGGUUAAAAUGGUUUCCAUCAGGUCACCCUCAGUGCACUCUUUUUAGAGAAAAGAACUCCAAUCUGUUCAAUAUUUCCUAAUAGGUGUAAUCUUUCCAUUUUACUAUCAUUCCACUAAAUUUAUUUUGCACCUUUCCAAAGUCACCGUAAAAAUUGUACGAUACGGGGACUGGUCAAGUUAGGAAAAUGCCUUCAGGUACACGGGUAUUUCUAUUUGUAGCCAAAAGAGUAGGUUAGAGACUGGGAAUUCUCAAACAUUCUGUCUCCCCAAAGCCUGUCAUCUACGGGAUGUGAGACAGGAGUGAGGGAACACUCCCCAUUUGCCUGGAUGGGUGCAGCUGCAAAAACACUCCAGAAGCUUGCUGCCAUCCAGGACAAAGCAUCCCGUUUAAUCAACCAUCUACAAUGUUUAUUCUCUCUCCUACUAACACAGUGUCAGAAACAGUCAGCUGCUUCACAGCUACAAGAUGGACUGCGGUAACUCACCAAGGCUGAUCCUGCAACACCUUCCAAACCCAUGAUCUUUACUACCCAGAGGAACAAGGGCAACAGAUGCAUGGAAACACCACCACCUGCAAAUUUCUCCACAAACCGCACACUAUCCUGACUUGGAGUUAUACUGCCAUUCCUUCACAUUUGCUGGGUCAAAAUCCUAGAACGCAGAAUCCAUACAGUGCAGAAAGAGGCCAUUCAUCCCACUGAGUCUGUAUCAAUCCUCCAAAGAGUAUUCCUGUAACCCAGCAUUUACCAUGGCUAAUCCUCUUAGCCUAUGCAUCCCUGGACACUACAGGGAAAUUUAACAUGGUCCACCUAAACUACAUAUCUUUGGACUGUAGGAGGAAAGACAUGGAAGAACAUGUUAAGUUCCACUCAGUCACCCAGGGCUGGAAUUGAAUCCAGGUCUCUGGCGCUGUGGAGACGCAGUGCUAACCACUGUGCCAUCAUGCAACCCACCCUCCCUAAUAACAUUGUGAGUGACCCUACAUUAAAUGGACUUCAGCAACACAAAGUGGUGGCUCACUACAUUCUCAAGGGCAUUUAGGGAUGGGCAUUUAAUGUUGUUCUAGCCAGCAAUGACCACAUCCUGUUCACAACGUGCUGCGAUCAAUACAGAAAACACUUGGCAGUUCUUGACAUUUUAGACUAGUGGUUGGACCUGGAAAGACUUAGAAAUUCAACCACUUAUAAACUAGUUUGGAAUGAUGGGUGUGUUUGCAGCUGGUGGGGCAAAAGCAUUAAGAACAUACAGCAGAAGUGAUUAAAGGACAAAAUAGAUAGUGGGGAAAGACAAAAUGGAAUUGUAUUGGGGAAAGAAAAGAAGCAAAAAAUGUGCACACAGGAGAUGACAAUGGCAGCCAGAGAACCAGGACCAGCAAGUGCUAUCUGAAGAGAAUUUCCCGAUAAGAAAGCAAGAUGCUGUCAUGUAAUUGUAGAUUGUUUCAAACAAUGAAGCAUUUAAUAUUAUGUACUUGGUUUUGUAGCUUAUAAAAAAUUGAAAUUGUUAAAGUACA